GUGACCAGGGAUUUGUUGAUGUUGGCACCUUCCUUCAGUCUGGUACCUGUGGUGUGUGUGGCAUCAGCUCGCUCACUGCCUGCCAGGUCUACCAGGUGGAUCUUACUCAGUGUCUCACGUGGAAACUCUGCAUUAAACCAAUUUACCUGGGUAAAGUUGAUGGUAAAAAUGGCGUGCGAGCGGCUGCUGAAGUCAUUCAUGCCCGUGCUUGCUGUGGUUCGGUUAGCAUUUCCAAGAACGAUAAGGUCCUCCAUUUCACUGUGGCUGUGUACCACAUGCCUU